UCCCCGCCUCCUCGGCCGCCGCCUCCACGGGGCGGGGCCCUGGCCCGGGACCAGCGCCGCGGCUAUAAAUGGGCUGCGGCGGGGCCAGCAGAACGCUGUGACAGCCACACGCCCCAAGGCCUCCAAGAUGAGCUACACGUUGGACUCGCUGGGCAACCCGUCCGCCUACCGGCGGGUCACCGAGACCCGCUCGAGCUUCAGCCGCCUGAGCGGCUCCCCGUCCAGCGGCUUCCGCUCGCAGUCGUGGUCCCGCGGCUCGCCCAGCACCGUGUCCUCCUCCUACAAGCGCAGCAUGCUCGCCCCGCGCCUCGCCUACAGCUCGGCCAUGCUCAGCUCCGCCGAGAGCAGCCUCGACUUCAGCCAGUCCUCGUCCCUGCUCAACGGCGCCUCCGGGCCGGGCGGAGACUACAAGCUGUCCCGCUCCAACGAGAAGGAGCAGCUGCAGGGGCUGAACGACCGCUUCGCCGGCUACAUCGAGAAGGUGCACUACCUGGAGCAGCAGAACAAGGAGAUCGAGGCGGAGAUCCAGGCGCUGCGGCAGAAGCAGGCCUCGCACGCCCAGCUGGGCGACGCGUACGACCAGGAGAUCCGCGAGCUGCGCGCCACGCUCGAGCUGGUAAACCACGAGAAGGCUCAGGUACAGCUGGACUCGGACCACCUGGAGGAAGAUAUCCACCGGCUCAAGGAGCGCUUCGAGGAGGAGGCACGGCUGCGAGAUGACACCGAGGCGGCCAUCCGCGCGCUGCGCAAAGACAUCGAGGAGGCGUCGAUGGUCAAGGUGGAGCUGGACAAGAAGGUGCAGUCGCUGCAGGACGAGGUGGCCUUCCUGCGGAGCAAUCACGAAGAGGAGGUGGCCGACCUGCUGGCCCAGAUCCAGGCGUCGCACAUCACGGUGGAGCGCAAAGACUACCUGAAGACAGACAUCUCGACGGCGCUGAAGGAGAUCCGCUCCCAGCUCGAGUGCCACUCCGACCAGAACAUGCACCAGGCCGAAGAGUGGUUUAAAUGCCGCUACGCCAAGCUCACCGAGGCGGCCGAGCAGAACAAGGAGGCCAUCCGCUCCGCCAAGGAAGAGAUCGCCGAGUACCGGCGCCAGCUGCAGUCCAAGAGCAUCGAGCUAGAGUCAGUGCGCGGCACCAAGGAGUCCCUGGAGCGGCAGCUCAGCGACAUCGAGGAGCGCCACAAUCACGACCUCAGCAGCUACCAGGACACCAUCCAGCAGCUGGAAAAUGAGCUUCGGGGCACAAAGUGGGAAAUGGCUCGUCAUUUGCGGGAAUACCAGGAUCUCCUCAACGUCAAGAUGGCUCUGGAUAUCGAGAUCGCUGCGUACAGAAAACUCCUGGAGGGGGAAGAGACCAGGUUUAGUACAUUUGCAGGAAGCAUCACUGGGCCGCUGUAUACGCACCGCCAGCCCUCAGUCACAAUUUCCAGUAAGAUUCAGAAAACCAAGGUCGAGGCUCCCAAGCUAAAGGUCCAACACAAAUUUGUGGAGGAGAUCAUAGAGGAAACGAAGGUGGAGGAUGAGAAGUCGGAAAUGGAAGAUGCCCUGACCGCCAUUGCGGAGGAAUUGGCCGUGUCCGUGAAAGAAGAGGAGAAGGAAGAAGAGGCAGGAGAAAAGGAAGAGGAAGAAGAAGCUGAAGAAGAAGCUGUAGCUGCCAAGAAAUCACCAGUGAAAGCCGCUGCACCUGAAAUUAAAGGAGAGGAGGAAGGGGAAAAGGAGGAAGAAGGCCAAGAGGAAGAAGAAGAGGAGGAAGAUGAGGGGGCUAAGUCAGACCAAGCUGAGGAGGGAGGCUCGGAGAAGGAAGGCUCCAGUGAGAAAGAGGAAGGUGAGCAGGAAGAAGAAGGAGAAACUGAGGCUGAAGGUGAAGGAGAGGAAGCUGAAGCCAAGGAGGAAAAGAAGACUGAGGAAAAGCGUGAGGAAGUAGUGACCAAGGAGGAGCUGGUGGCAGAAGCCAAGGUGGGAAAGCCAGAAAAAGCCAAGUCCCCUGUGCCAAAAUCACCAGUUGAAGAGGCGAAGCCCAAACCCGAAGCUGAGGUGGGCAAAGCUGAACAGAAAGAGGCAAAAGAGAAAGAAGCAGCCAAGGAAUCUCCCAAGGAAUCGCCCAAGGAAUCUCCCAAGGAAUCUCCCAAGGAAUCGCCCAAGGAAUCUCCCAAGGAAUCGCCCAAGGAAUCUCCCAAGGAAUCGCCCAAGGAAUCUCCCAAAGAAUCUCCCAAGGAAUCUCCCAAGGAAGAGAAGGUGGAGAAAAAGGAAGAGAAACCAAAGGAUGUGCCUGCCAAGAAGAAGGCUGAGUCCCCGGUGAAGGAGGCCGUGGAGGAGGUGGUCACUGUCACCAAAUCAAUAAAGGUACACGUGGAGAAAGAAGUCAAGGAAGAGGAGAAGAAGGGGAAGGAGAAAGCAGAGGAGGAGGGAGGGAGUGAGGAGGAAGGGAGUGACCAAGGUUUGAAGGAAUCCAAGAAGGAAGACAUAGCUGUCAAUGGGGAGGUAGAAGGAAAAGAGGAGGAAGAGCAGGAAACCAAGGAAAAAGGCAGUGGUAGAGAAGAGGAAAAAGGGGUUGUCACCAAUGGGUUAGACCUGAGCCCGGCAGAUGAAAAGAAAGGGGGUGACAGAAGCGAGGAGAAAGUGGUGGUGACCAAAACGGUAGAAAAAAUCACCAGUGAGGGGGGAGAUGGUGCUACCAAAUACAUCACUAAAUCUGUCACCGUCACUCAAAAGGUUGAAGAGCAUGAAGAAACCUUUGAGGAGAAAUUAGUGUCUACUAAAAAGGUAGAAAAAGUCACUUCACACGCCAUAGUAAAGGAGGUCACCCAGGGUGACUAAGAUUUUGAGUCCAUUGCAAAAGGUUAAGCCAUAUGACAAAUUUCAAAAUGCAUGUGAUUGGCAGCUUCAAAACAGAACGGGUUCUCCCAUGGGGGCUCCAGACAUUGUAUUUUACUUUGUGCAAUAGGAGGGGACUGCAUGCAAGCUCAGGGUGCUCCCUCUUCAGUCUUUGGGGGAUUCAAAUGCAUGAUAUUGUAAGUACCUGGGGAAUUUGCCAAUUUCCUAAGCUGUUGGAAGAGGGGCACUUAGGGGGAUGUCUUGAGAUGUAUUAUGCAAAGUACCAACUGAGCCAAAAAUAAUAAAUGAAACACAGAACUCUCUUAGCCUUAAGAAAGCUAUAUAUGAAUAAUUAUGUUUACCUCACUGGUGCAUUUAAAGUGGAGUUUUGUUCAUGGGAGAACCUCUGUUGACAUGCACAGUUUGCAACCUUAUGUUGAUUGAUGUUAAACGUCACAGCAGUACUUGCUCAAUAAAGGUCAUAUUGGAAACAUA